AUGCCUUCUGAGAAGCCGUUCCACCAUCGGCCCACCCUCAAGCAAAUUAACAAACCUUUUAAGUCAAAGCAUGCGACCAAAGGCACUCUUAAAGAGCAGGCGAAGGGAAAAACAAAUCGUAAGCCCAUAAAACAAGUUCGAUCUAAUUUUAUCUCAAAAGCCGAUCGCCGUAACGCUGCCAAGUUAGAACAGCAGAAGAAAAGGGCUGAAUUGGUAAAAGCAAACAGGCUCUUCGAGGGACGGCACGGCACACCCAAGAUAGUGGCGGUUGUCCCUCUAUGUGCAGACGUGAAUUCGCAUAGUGCUGUAGAAAGUAUCUAUUCCAGUAUUGGGCAACCGACUCCAUCGGUCACCAAGGGCAUUUCUUUUUUAAAUGCCGAACGUUUCAAACAAAAGUUACAGUUCAUUCUACUAGGCCGUAACUUCGCUGAUAUAAUAGAUGCGUGUAAAGUCGCAGAUUUCAUAUUAUUUGUAGUUUCGGCGGAGGUGGAAGUAGAUCAAUUGGGCGAAUUGUGCGUCCAGACCAUUCAAUCACAAGGUUUCCCGACAUUGAUUACAAUCGCUAUGAAUUCGGGAACGCUCAGGGUUUCUGGGUAUGCCAGAGGAUUACCAUUUUCGGCAAAUCGAUUGGUGCAUUUGCAAAAUUUUGGCGAUUUUCAAUUAAAUAAGGACUCUCUGAUUGCAGAAAAUGAACCAAAUUUAAUGGAGAACGAUCAAACCUGGCCAACUGAAGAAGAAAUGGCCGGAUACGAACACCGUAUAAGACCGGUUGAAGAUGUUCCAGAUGCACUCCCUGGUACGACGCCAAGUAAAGUUGUCAAGCGCGUGCCUAAAGGAACGUCAACUUAUCAGGCUGCUUGGAUAGUUGAUUCCGAGUCAGAUAGUGAAUACAUUUAUAGUGAUGAUGAGGGGGAUGUUAUUAUGAGUUAUGAAGAGGAAGAGUCUCGGUCGGUUGUUACGGAAGAAGCAGGCGAGUCGAAUGAUGUCGAAUAUGAAGAAAUCGAAGUUGAAGAAAGAAAGGGUAAAUUCAAUACUAAUCUAGAUCCCGAAGAAGAAGAGAGACAAUUAAAGGAAUAUCUGAAGAAUCGGGAAAAGGAACACAAAGAAGAUCUCGAAUUUCCUGAUGAGGUGGAUACACCACUAGAAAUUGCAGCCCGUGUAAGAUUUCAGAAAUAUCGCGGUUUACAGAGUUUUCGAACUUCUCCAUGGGACCCCUAUGAAAAUCUACCAAUUGAUUAUGCCCGCAUAUAUCAAUUCGAGAAUUAUAAAAGAACCAAGAAAAGAGUAAUUUCUCAGGCUUCGGCUGGUGGGAGUAAAGUAAAGCCUGGAACACCCAUCACUUUACACAUAGCAAACGUCCCUAAAGAAUUGGCAGAGAAUUAUGAUCCGUCUAGACCAUUCAUUGUUUUCGGCCUUUUAGAAUAUGAACACAAAACCUCGGUCUUGAAUUUUAUAAUUACACCAAACAGUGAAUACAAGGAACCAGUGAAAUCCAAGGAUCCAGUCAUUAUGCAUUAUGGAUUUCGGCGUUACGAAGUAAGACCUUUGUAUUCGCAAAAUACUUUAGGAGGCAAAGGAACAAAUAAUGUCCACAAAUAUGAAAGGUUCCUUAAUCCUGGAAGGACAUGCGUUGCGACAAUCUAUGGCCCGAUUCAAUUUGGAAAGGCGCCGGUGAUCAUCUAUAAAGAAAUGGACGAUGUCAAUCUACCAACGCUUAUUGCCACAGGAUCCUUUUUGAGUCCGGACCCUCAACGUAUAAUUGCAAAGCGCAUUAUCCUUACCGGACAUCCGUUCAAGAUCAAUAAAAAUUCGGCCGUAGUACGGUACAUGUUCUUCAAUCCUGUCCAAUUGGUCACAAAAUACGGUCGAACCGGGCAUAUUCGCGAAUCUUUGGGUACGCACGGAUAUAUGAAAUGCAUAUUUGAUUCACCCAUAACCCAACAGGACACCGUUAUGAUGAAUCUAUAUAAGCGAAUGUUCCCGAAAUGGAAUACAACGCUGUUAUGGCGCAAAGGGUUAAAGGUAGAAAGUGUGGCGACAUCGAAGGAGUCCAAGAACAAUACACAGGAUGUUGAGAUGGUAGAGUGA